AUGGAGACCAUUCCUCCUCAGGUGUGGGAAGUCGCCCAUACCCUCGUUGCUCGCAACGAGACCAACUCGACCUCGGCCGCUACGACAGAGAGUCGACCGGGAAGUUACAAAGCCAUUGGACUCAGUCUGGCCAUAGGCUCAGGCCUCUUCAUCGGCACAUCAUUUGUGUUAAAGAAGGUUGGAUUGCUCAAGUCGACCCAGAAAUACAAUGAAGAGGCGGGCGAGGGCUAUGGCUAUCUCAAAAACUGGUACUGGUGGACAGGAAUGACUCUCAUGAUCAUCGGCGAAUUCGCAAACUUUGGCGCAUACUGUUUUGUCGACGCGAUUCUCGUGGCUCCCAUGGGCGCACUGAGUGUCGUCGUCACCACGAUCCUAUCGGCCAUCUUCCUGAAAGAGCGCUUGAGUUUUAUCGGCAAGGUUGGCUGCUUCAACUGCAUCAUUGGCAGCAUCGUCAUUGCUCUCAAUGCUCCGGAGCAAAGCGCAGUGGCCGACAUUCAGGAGAUGCAGCACUUUGUCAUUGCUCCUGGGUUUUUGUGUUACGCCGGCGUCAUUAUUGCAAGCUGCGUUUUCGUGGCACUGUGGGUUGCGCCUCGCUAUGGCAAGAAGAGUAUGAUGGUCUACUUGAGCAUUUGCAGCUCGAUCGGAGGCCUCAGCGUCGUUGCAACUCAAGGCUUGGGAAGUGCAAUUGUGGCGCAAGCCAAUGGGGAAGCCCAGUUCAACAAGUGGUUUCUCUAUGUUCUUCUCGUGUUCGUUAUUGCAACGUUGCUGACCGAGAUCAUCUACCUGAAUAAAGCAUUGGAUAUCUUCCAAGCCGCCCUCGUCACGCCAACAUACUACGUGUUUUUCACAAGCGCCACCAUCAUCACCUCUGCCAUCUUAUUCCGAGGAUUCAAGGGAACCGUGGUUACGAUCAUGACUGUUGUCCUCGGAUUUUUCCAAAUUUGUGCCGGCGUUAUCCUCCUCCAGAUGUCGAAGUCUGCAAAGGAUGUUCCAGAUGCGGCUGUUUUCAAAGGAGAUCUCGACCAAGUUCGCGAGAUUGCCGAGGUUGAGCAGCCAGAGACGGAACCAAAAGCAGACGCCAUUCGUGGCACGGCCGCUCUGAUCAGGAGAAUGUCAACAACGCGGCGGAAAUGGGAGCAAGAAGAGGCCAAACGACUACACGACGAAAAGAUGCAAGAUCAGCUGGAACCAGUCCGGGAAAAUGAGAUUGUGGAGUGGGAUGGCCUUCGGCGGAGGAAAACGGUCAUCGGAGAGCCUGGGUCAUCACCAGCACCCCGUAGGAAGACUGCGCAUCCUCCGCUGGGCAUGUCGCAUUUUCCAGAACCCGACGAUGAGGCCAACCAGAAUCACGGCCCCAGCUUUUUCGAAAAUCUGCGUAGCCGUGCGCAAACACUCAUCCACACUCCGACACCUCCUAAUCACCCCAGUACCGUGACGGCAGCCGGUCUCAACAGCCCUCUGUAUCCCGUGGCUUUGACGGAUAUCAAAUUUCAGCCGUCGCAAAUCGACUCUCCUAUCCAUCCCUACGGUCCCGGCAGCCUUGAAGAUGCACAGGAACGUAUUUACGGACUCGCACCGGGAGAACGUAAAGUGCAAGACACCAAGGCGGGAAUUAUUCAGCCCUCGCCACGAUCGAAGCCUCUCCCAGCCAAACCGACUCCGUCUCCAUCGCUGCGACCGCCGCAAGAAGCGCGGCGGCAGUUCUCUUUCACCAACUUUCUCCGACCAGGCUCUCGGACACCAACCACUGACUCCGCGAAUUCACGGCCUGCCAUGCAAAGCCGCACGAGUAGCGCGAGUCACGAGCAAAAGCGAGCCAUGAAAAGUGCAACAGAAGAGGAAAGAUUGGGUCUUGUCAAGGGUGAUUCCCACGUUGCUUUGCUUCAGCCUGAAAUGUCCCAUUCUCCUGAGCGCCAGCCCAUCACUCGCCCACACUCCCACACCAGUUCUGUCAGUAGCGUUGAUGAUCACUAUCGUUAUCAAUACCCUUCUCCCUCUAGAAGUUCUCAGACUUAUUCUGACGACGAUGAUGGGUGGCAGAUGACGAACUCGACGAGUCCACCACGGAUCAACCAGCCAGUACCAAACCUGCAAAAUCCAGUUCCAGUUCUCCAAAGCCCGAGCACUCGGAAGAGACCGAGCCCGCCAAGAACUCAGUAUCAGCAGCCAGCCCCGACGAAUAUGCCGGUCACCGGCGCCGCGGCAGCCGCACUCCCCGGUACAAUGGUGGGCGGAGGACGAGUACAGGGCAGAGUCGCAACAGCAGCGUCAGACCGUUUCCAGAAUUCAUCGACGAACCAACAACGGAACACUCAGAGUCCACCACCUGGAUACCAGGAGAGAGAUUUCGCACCUCGCCGAGCUCGAGCUUCAGAGGAUCUGAGAAGGGAUCAAACCCUGACGGAGGCUAAUGCCCGAGGCCGAGAACUGGGUAUUAGUGGUGACGACCAUGACUCUGCUAGAAGUAGGUUUGAAGAACAGAGCAGAAGAGAACGGGAAGAGAGGAGAUUGAGAGCGACGGGGCGUCGUCAAAGUUGGAAGCCAACUACGCCCGAAAUGAGAUGA